AUGAAUUUUGCUUCUUAAAGUAAAAAAUCAUAGUUUUAAUAGAAUGCAACAGAAAUAAACCAAUUGGAGAUAUCAGCUCAGGAGAUAUUAAAAAAUUGUAGCUACUUAAGUCCUUUAUUAAGAGCAAUUGGAAAUCAAAACCAAUUAAAUUUACCUUUUAGUAAUUAUUCAAGAAUUCCAUAUUAAUAAAUUAUCUAAUCUACAACUUAAGAUGGCAUACUUUUCUCUAACUUUUUGAACUCAUCUCUUUCUACAGUAGAUGAUCCUAAUUGUUAUAAAGGUAUAUUCAAAUACGAUCCAAGAUGCAGAUUUUGGUAUAUGAAUAAUUUAAAUUAGACUUCUUUCUUGAUGAAUCCUCCUCUAGUGUCUGUAGGGAGAGUAACACCUUAUUUAUCAUAAUUCGGAUAACAAAACUUAAUCACAAUAACUUCUUGA